CGACCACUAAGCACCACAAGCCUUUAUCUCGGAGCGAACUCCCUUCCGCCAACGAAUUCUCCUAUCCGCAACAAAACCGAAAAAAUCCAACCCGACCAAAAUGCCCACCCCGGAAUCCGCCGCCUUCCUGGCCAAGAAGCCCACCGUGGCCCCGACCUACGACGGCGUCGACUACGAGGACAACGUCGCGCUGCACAACGCCCGCGAUGCCAUCAUUCGCGAGCAGUGGGUCCGCAGCAUGAUGUCGCGGCUGGUCGGCGAGGAGCUGGGCAAGUGCUAUGCGCGCGAGGGCGUCAACCACCUCGAGAAGUGUGGGGUUUUGAGGGAAAAAUACUUCGAACUCCUCGGGGAGCGCAAGAUCAAGGGUUAUCUCUUCCAGGAGAAGAACCACUUCUCGCAGGAGAAGUCUGCUUGAAUUCUUUGAAGGAGUGAAAGGAGGGAUAGAAUUGAGUGAAGGAAAUGGAUGGGGAGGGGACUUUUCAUGACCCUGGUGAUGAGCAUCGCAGGGGCCAGGGAUGGUGUUUAUACUAUAUCAUCUUCUUUUUUUGUGUGUCAUGGUUGUAUUACAUGUUUUUCUUUUCGAAACUUCUUUACGGUUUUCUGUUUCUUGUCUGCUUUAGCUAUACUACCUACCUACCUACACACCUCCUCACCUAUGCUAUGCAUGUCAUUUGUUUGGGGUGGAAAAUAUCGACAUUGGGAUCAUCUCUUGCUUUGUGUUUCUGGUUCAGGCUGCCGGGAAUGGUCAGGUUGGUGUAUGUAGAGCAGAGAAUUAAGAGAGGGUUGGAGUAAAGGGAUGGUAAGUUAAUGUGAUC